ACUAUAUAGCACUCGCGUCUGUAGUAGUGGGUAGGGUGUGGUCUGCGGUUUAGGUCAAGGUCGCGAAAUGCUGCCUGUCAUUGCUAUUGGCACUGUGAUUUUGUUAUUCGUUUUUAUUAAAUUUUUACGAAUUCAUGAUGAGACAACACGACCAAAGCUGCAUCACUCCGGAUCUGGUUUUAUAAAGAAAGUUAUUUCAAAAUGUCCUUCACUGACUGAAAUCUACCAACCCCCAUCUUUAUGGGGCAAAUGCGGACACAUCCAAACUGCCAUAUAUGGUAAAAUUGGACGAAUUGACUGCCCUCAGCCAAACGGAAAACGUCAUUCAAUUACAUUGGCAACAAAAGAAACAAUAACAUUUGAUGUUUUCCAACCAGUUAACGGUCACCAUUCUUCAGGUGAAUGCACAAUACUGGUGUGUCCCGGUAUUUGCAAUUCCUCGGAAAAGAAAUAUGUUCGAACUUUUAUUCACUAUGCAGUUAACAUGGGAUUUCGUGUAGCAGUUUUAAACCACAUUGGAGCUCUGCCUAAUGUCCGAUUGACAUCUCCAAAGAUAUUUACAUAUGGUGAAACAAAGUAUUUCGAUUGCAUGGUACAAUGCGUGACAAGCAGAUAUCCAACUUCGCGUUAUGUGAUCGUUGGUUUCAGCAUGGGAGCAAAUAUUGUGGUUAGAUAUUUGGCCGAAGACAGAUCCAGGCAACUUCCUAUUGUGUGUGCUGUGAGUUGGUGUCAAGGGUAUGAUGGAUUAAGAUCAACCCACGCUCUUUCAUCUGGAUUUGGACGUUUCUACAACUACAUGGUGACGAUGAAUUUCAAGAAAAUUCUAAAACCUCACUGGAACGAACUGUUUAAAGUCCCCACCAACAACAAUGACACCAAAUUAAGUUACGACGAGAAAAAAGUUGAAUCGGCAACGACUUUAGCUGAAAUUGAGGAUGGGUUACUCAGGCAUUUUGACGGCUUUAAGAGCCAUGUUGACUACAAAGCACUGUGUGGCUGCGCUCACAUGAUCGACAAUAUACACAUUCCUAUACUUCUGCUAAACUCUGAGGACGACCCUUUAAUAAUAAGUGACGUGCAUGACAUCCCUAUUUCUUACAGCAGAAAAUCUGAGAAAGGGCUGUUCGCCGCCAUGCAACAUGGUGGUCACUUAGGUUUCUACAAAGGCAGGUGGUAUAAACCAGAUGCUACCACUCUACUUGAGUCUAUAACCAUGGAAUACAUUGAAGCUGUAUUAGGCCAUAUUUAACGUCUGUUGCUUCAUUGUUGCUUUCUAUUUCACUUGUAGGCCUUUGCUUUAGAUUGUUUUUUCUCCAUUUUUACUUUUCACCUAACAAAGCUAUAUUUCUAAAAAUAAAUUAAUCGUGAGAUUGUAAAAAUAAAUAAAUUUAAUUUGAUUAUUGUUAUUUCAUUCUAGUGUCUUCUUGCACUUUUAUUUAACCUUUAAUUUUGAACAUAUUUUGUAUUGUGUCUAUUUUCAGUUUUCGCAAGUACAUGUACACAGUAGUAUGUUUUAUUGCUCUGUAAAUGCACAAUUCUUUUAUACAAACUGUAUGCGGAACCUGAAUAUAAUUCAAAAUAAAAAAAGUUAAAUAA